AUGAAUUGUGAAAGAAGAAGAGAGAGAAAGCCAAAUGAUCAGACUCCUACUUGUUUUUUACGGGACACACAUGACUGCUUGAUCAAGCUUCUUGGUCUCGUGGACGAUCAAGGCCAUCUUGAUAACGCAUCAGCUGUGCUAACUGAAGUUGGUCUGCUGCAUAGCUUAAUCGAAGACACUGAGACGGAAACUCCGAAGAUUGGUCCGUCUCUCGAGAUGGAGGAGAAACGACGCGAUGCUGGAACCCUAGCUUUUGCUGGUAGCUCUGGCGAUUCUCCGGCAUCUGAGCCUUCGACGCGGCGGCGCGGCGGAGCUUCGAAAAGAAAAGCGAAUGCUCUCGGGACCUCCAAUUUCUCUUCCUCGUCGUCGAAGAGGAUGUUGACGCGCGAGAAGGCGAUGCUUGCGUCUUUCUCCCCGGUCCACAACGGGCCUCUGACCAGAGCUCGCCAGGCGCCGAGCAACAUGCCGUCCGCGGCUGGGGUGAAGUCGGAGCUCUCAAAUGUCGCGGUGGGUGCUGACGGCGAGAAGCCGAAGGAGGAGGAAGAACGGAACAAGGCGAUCCGUGAGUGGGAGGCUCUGGAGGCUAAGAUCGAAGCUGAUUUCGAAGCAAUUAGAUCUCGAGACAGCAAUGUUCAUGUGGUGCCUAAUCAUUGCGGUUGGUUCUCAUGGGAGAAAAUCCACAUGCUUGAGGAGCGUUCAUUGCCGUCUUUUUUCAACGGCAAGUUGGAGGGUCGCACUUGUGAGGUAUACAGAGAAAUACGGAACUGGAUCAUGAGGAAGUUUCAUUCCGAUCCCAACACACAAAUAGAACUAAAAGACUUAGCAGAACUCGAUGUUGGAGACUCGGAAGCGAAGCGAGAGGUGAUGGAGUUCUUGGACUACUGGGGGUUAAUCAAUUUCCACCCGUUCCCAUCAGCAGAUGCUAGCUCUACUGCUGGUGAUCAUGUUGAUUUAGGGGAUAAGGAGUCGUUGCUUAACAGUUUAUAUCGGUUUCAAGCGGAUGAGGCUUGCCCUGCUCUUGUCCACAAGCCUAGUCUCACAGCGCAAGCUUCUUCAUCAGGGUUGUUACCAGAUCCUGUGGCAGCUGAUGACCUGAUGAAGCAAGAAGGUCCAGCUGUCGAAUAUCACUGCAACUCCUGUUCAGCUGAUUGCUCUCGCAAGCGCUACCACUGCCCUACGCAGGCAGAUUUUGACUUGUGUACGGAAUGCUUUAACAGUGGAAAGUUCAGCUCAGAUAUGUCAUCUUCCGACUUUUUCCUGAUGGAGCCUGCUGAGGCCGCUGGCGUUGGUAGUGAGAAGUGGACUGAUGAUGAGACUCUUCUUCUCCUUGAAGCUUUAGAGCUCUUCAAGGAGAACUGGAAUGAGAUUGCAGAGCAUGUUGCUACGAAGACUAGAGAUCAGUGUAUGCUUCAUUUUUUCCAAAUGCCAAUCGAGGAGGAAAUUCUUGAUCUAAAUGACAACAAAGAUCCAAGUACAAAAGACACUACAGAUUUAGCUGUGUGUAAAGAUGAGAAACCUGUUCUGAAAGAUGCACCUGAAGAGACGGAGAAUAAGAGUCGUGUUGAUGAAGUUGAAACUGUGAAGGAAGUUCCAGAACCAGAAGAUGACAAUGAAGGUAAAGUUUCUCAGGAGUCUUCAAAGCCUGGAGGAGAUAAGGGUGAAGAAACUAAUGAAGUGGAAGCUGAGCCAAAAACGCCCAAGCUAGAAACGGUUGUUGAUGAAAGAUGUCAAGAUGAGGCUGAUGAAAACAUUGCUCUGAAAGCUCUGACUGAAGCCUUUGAAGACGUUGGUUAUCCCAUCACACCUGAAGAUUCUGUUUCCUUUGCUGAUUUAGGAAAUCCUGUCAUGGGACUGGCAGCUUUUCUGGGGAGAUUGGCGGGAUCUGACGUUGCUACUGCUUCAGCACGGGCUUCCAUAAAAUCUCUUAAUGGCAACUCUGGAUUGUCGCUUGCCACAAGACAUUGUUUUAUUCUGGACGAUCCACCAGACAACAAGAAGGAUGUAAUUGAAUCGAAAAGUGUGGAUGCAGCAGGGAAGGAUGAGAAUGCCCAUAAAGAUGAGCAGCCAGAAGAAAAAAAACAGGAAGCAGAAGAUGUCCCAUUGAAAUCAGAUGAUAUGGAAAUGCCAGAUAUUGAUCCAGCCAAAGAAAAUCAGGAUUCAGUGACUGAAGAAAAGCAACCAGAUAUCGAACAAGAUAAGGGAUCUAGUAAGCCAGCCGCAACUGAAAAUUCAGGGAAACCAGCGGAUAUAACUAGUCCAUCUGUGGACAAAUGUUCAGCAAAGGAACUUGAAGAACCUUUGAAGGAUGGAAAUAAGCUUUCUAGUGAAAACAAAGACGCCUCUCAAGAAACUGUUUCUCAGUCAGCUGUAGAUGCUUCUUCUCAGCCAGAAGCAUCCAAAGAUGUGGAGAUGAAGGAUGCAUUACAGUCAGAGAAGGAUCCUCAAGAUAUUGUCAAAACAGUAGGAGAGGAGGUUGCAAAGGAUGAUCCUAUUACGACAGACACGUCUGUUGCACAGCAUCCCAUUGGAUUAGCUUCUGUACCGGAAAAUGGAACAGCUGAAUGUGAAAAUCCAGAUAAAGAAGGAAAUAAAGAGAAGGAUCUUUGUCAAGGGACAAAAGACAAGCAUAACCUCGAUAAGCUUAAGCGCGCAGCUAUCUCUGCUCUCUCAGCUGCUGCAGUAAAGGCAAAGCUUCUUGCGAAGCAAGAAGAAGAUCAAAUCCGACAACUUUCUGGAUCAUUGAUAGAGAAGCAGUUACAUAAACUAGAAGCAAAGCUAUCAAUCGUCAACGAAUCUGAAAGCUUGACGUUAAGGGUGAAAGAGCAAUUAGAGAGGUCAAGGCAACGACUCUACCAUGAAAGGGCACAGAUCAUAGCAGCUCGACUCGGUGUCCCACCUUCAAUGAACUCAAAAGCAUCGUUACCAACAAACAGAAUCGCUGCAAACUUUGCUAAUGUGGCUCAAAGACCUCCCAUGGGUAUGGCCUUUCCGCGCCCACCAAUGCCAAGACCUCCCAUGGGUACAUCAUCACACUCUGUUCCUGGUUCACUUGUAUCUGCCACAGCAAUAACCGGAAGUUCAAAUCCACCUCCGGCUUCAGACAAUGUUUCUUCGGUUUAG